UUUGAAAUUACCAUAAAAGACAAUGGGUCAUGUUAAGACAGAAGGAAUCUAUAAUAACUGGAUCGUCCUUUUCAAUUCAAAAGUGGCGCAAGUCUCGACACCCAAACAUACACAAGCGUUGAACUUUUAGCCUCAACCACUACACUCAUCACUCAUUAUAUAAAUAGCCAUUGAAGAAAACCAAGCAAAACCCACUAUCCUCGCACAUGAUUUCAUCGUAGUCUUCGUUCCCAAUGCUGUUAAUGGAGGUCAUUCUAUUGUACAUUGUGCUUCUUUCGCUUGUUCUUUGAUACUCACCUAUUUGAAUGCCCAAAAACAAAAGGAAAAAAGAAAAUAACACAAAUCAAGAAAUUUGCAGAACCCCGAGGUAGAAGAUGGUAAUGGAGGUGAAUGUGAAUGUGAAAUGGUUGUUAAUUGUUAAUUACUGUUCCCAAUUUCUCUGUCUUUCCUUUUCUUGCUUUCCUUCAAAGCAAUUUUUGUCUAAUUAACGAAUACCAGUUUUAGAGAGAGUGAAACACAUCGAUGCAACAAAACCUAGAAGUUUAAUCUGGGAAUCGAGCCCCCACAAAUUUGCAAAUGCCGAUGUUAAGGCACAACCACUAUCUCUUCUUGCUUCUAUCAAUUGUUGUUUUUGUUGUUGAUGCUUCAAACGAUGAAGCUGUUGUUUUGCUUUCAUGGCUUCACUCGUCCUCAUCUACUUCGCCACACUCUUCAUUUUCAAACUGGAACCCAUCCGAUCAAAAUCCUUGUAAUUGGUCUUACAUCACAUGUUCUCCACAAAAAUAUGUUACCAAGAUCGAUAUCCAGUCUAUCGAAUUAGCCCUUCCUUUUCCUUCCAACCUCUCAUCGCUUAAAUCUCUCGACACUCUCAUCAUUUCCGGUGCUAAUUUAACCGGAAAGAUCCCAGAUGAUAUCGGAGAAUGUAGUGCGCUCCAAGUGUUUGAUGUAAGUUCCAAUAGUCUCGUGGGGAGUAUUCCAACAUCAAUCAGUAAGCUUGUGAAGCUUGAGGAUUUAAUAUUGAACUCCAAUCAACUCUCCGGAAUCAUCCCACCACAGAUUGGUAAUUGUACAAGGUUGAAGAAUCUUGUCUUGUUCGAUAAUUAUUUAACCGGAGAGCUUCCUGUUGAGCUUGGAAAUCUUUCAAUGUUAGAAGUUAUUAGGGCUGGAGGGAACAAAGACAUAUCUGGAAAGAUCCUUUACGAGUUGGGAAACUGUCGAAAUCUAAAAGUUUUGGGUCUUGCUGUCACUAAAAUAUCCGGGUCGAUUCCUAGUUCUUUGGGUAGUCUAAGCAAGCUUCAAACUUUAUCAGUUUACACAACACAACUUUCAGGUGAAAUCCCAAAGGAACUCGGCAACUGUUCUGACCUCAUCGAUCUAUAUCUAUAUGAAAAUGAUCUCACUGGUUCACUUCCAUCUGAAUUGGGGAACCUUCACAACUUAGAGAAGCUUAUGUUAUGGCAAAACAACCUUGUGGGGUCGAUACCUCCAGAAAUCGGAAACUGUAAAAGUUUAAAAACCAUCGAUCUCUCUUUAAACUUUUUCUCCGGUGUCAUUCCUUGGUCAUUUGGCAAUCUCAUCGAUCUUGAAGAACUGAUGCUGAGUAACAACAGUCUCUCCGGCUCCAUCCCACCUGUUCUUUCAAAUUGUACAAAUCUAAUACAAUUGCAGCUCGAUAGAAACGCAUUUUCAGGAUCGAUCCCGAUGGAGCUCGGGAUGUUACCUGAGUUAUCUGUUUUCUUUGCUUGGCAGAAUAAACUUGAAGGGGACAUUCCCUCAACAAUGGCAGGUUUGAAGAGUCUCCAGUCUCUUGAUUUGUCUCAUAACUUUCUUACUGGUAGCUUACCAUCUGGUCUUUUUGAACUAAAAAACCUAACGAAGCUUCUCUUGAUUUCAAAUAGCAUCUCGGGUUCCAUCCCUUCUUCCAUAGGGAAUUGCAGCUCACUCAUUAGACUUAGGCUAGUAAAUAACAAAAUUACUGGACCUAUUCCUAAAGAGAUUGGGUUUCUUGAAGAUCUUGAUUUUCUCGACAUAUCUGAAAACUAUCUCACUGGAGUAAUCCCAGAUGAAAUUGGAAAUUGUACACAUCUUCAAAUGGUGAACCUAAGCAAUAACACCCUUUCUGGUACUUUACCUAGCUCGCUAUCUUCUAUAAUGAACCUUCAAUCUUUAGACGUUUCAAGCAAUCAGUUUAUCGGUCAAAUUCCCGAGAGUUUUGGUCAACUUGCUUUCAUUAACAGACUUGCGAUUAGUAGAAACUCGUUAUCUGGAUCGAUUCCUACAACGCUUGGUUUAUGUUCAAAUCUUCAGUUUCUUGAUCUUAGUGGCAAUAAACUCUCGGGUAACAUUCCGGUUGAGCUUUUCAGUUUAGUUUCAUUAGAUAUCGCAUUGAAUCUAAGUUGGAAUUUGUUAAACGGAACAAUCCCGGUUGAAAUAUCUUCAUUAAACAAACUCUCAGCACUAGACCUUUCACAUAACAUGCUCACUGGAGAUUUAAUGGCGCUUUCCAGCCUUGUGAAUCUUGUUUCCUUGAAUGUCUCUUACAACAAUUUCACCGGUUUUCUACCUGACAGCAAGCUUUUCCGGCAGUUAUCCGUCCAAGAAUUGGCCGGAAACGAAGGGUUGUGUCCAUUGGGACGGAAUUCCUGUUUCCUCGGUCAAACUGGAACCGGAAUCGCUACCAAACGUAGUAUCCGCCAGUCAAAGAAACUGAAAGUUGCUAUAGCUUUGUUAGCUGUUGCAGCAGUGGCAUUGGUGAUUCUAGGGAUAAUAGCGGUUUACCGAGUUCCAAAAGUUAAGUCGCAAGAUAACGAUUCCGAAACCGGUAAUUGGAGUUCAUCAAAUUGGAAAUUCACACCGUUUCAGAAGCUUAGUUUUACAGUGGAUCAAAUAUUAAGAUGUCUGGUUGAAACUAAUGUGAUCGGAAAGGGGUGUUCCGGUGUAGUCUAUCGAGCAAGUCUUGACCAUGGUGAAGUGAUUGCAGUCAAGAAGCUCUGGCCCACAACAAUGGCAGCAGCAUACUGUGAAAACGACCGGGCACCCUCGACUGGAAUCCGCGAUUCCUUUUCAACCGAGGUCAAAACCCUUGGUUUGAUCCGUCACAAGAACAUCGUCCGAUUCCUGGGUUGUUGCUGGAAUCGGAAUACAAGGCUGCUGAUGUAUGAUUACAUGCCUAACGGGAGUUUGGGAAGUGUUCUACACGGGAAUAGCGGAUGCUGCUUGGAAUGGAAUCUAAGGUAUCAGAUAAUAUUGGGUUCAGCUCAAGGAUUGGCUUAUUUACACCAUGAUUGUGUGCCUCCGAUUGUUCAUAGGGACAUUAAGGCGAAUAAUAUUCUGAUUGGGCUUGAUUUUGAGGCUUACAUAGCUGAUUUUGGGCUUGCAAAACUUGUUGAUGAUAGAGAUUUUGCUAGAUCUUCAAGCACCGUUGCUGGUUCUUUUGGUUACAUCGCGCCAGAGAUUGGGUACAUGAUGAAAGUAACAGAAAAGAGCGAUGUAUACAGCUUUGGUGUAGUGAUGCUAGAAAUAUUAACGGGUAAACAACCGAUCGACCCAACCAUAGAAGACGGGCUCCACAUUGUGGACUGGGUCAGACAAAAGAGAGGCGGUGUACAAGUUUUGGACAGGAGCCUGCGGGCCCGGCCCGACCCUGAGCUGGAGGAGAUGAUGCAAAGUUUAGGAGUGGCUUUACUUUGUGUUGCCCCUUCACCUGAUGAUAGGCCUUCUAUGAAAGAUGUGGAAGCAAUGCUGAAGGAGAUAAGACAUGAUAGAGAGGAAGGUUCAAAACCAGAGUCUAUGAUGAUGCUCAAAGGUUCGUCUGCAACUGGAAGUCUUGAUGAUGGGGAAGAAAAGGAAAAUGAAGGCCCAUCAACCGAUGCAAUGAAGUGCUUGUACAUUGAAAGGUUAUUAUUUAUCAAAGAAGCAAAGAUGAGGAGAGAAGAUGGUGACGAAUGA